UCUUAUAAGUUGCAACCACUCUAAUAAUAUUAAUUCCUUCUUCAUUCGAUUAUAUAUGGCUCUUCUUCUUGUGGUGUUAAUGUUAGCUCUAUUCAUAGCUGCAGGUGCACAAUCUAAUAAUAAUAUAGGAGUGUGCAAUGGAGGACUUGGAAAUAAUUUGCCCUCCGAGCAAGAAGUUGUAGGACUCUACAAUGCCAAUGGCAUAAAAAAGAUGCGAAUUUAUUCCCCUAAACGAGAAACCCUAGAAGCCCUAAGAGGAUCCAACAUCGAACUCAUUCUCGACGCCCCAAACGUUAAAGACCUCGGGUCCGAUCCUUCCUUCGCGUCUCAAUGGGUCCAAGCCAACGUGAUUGCUUACUCCUCCGACGUCUACUUCCGUUACAUAGCCGUAGGGAACGAAGUCAAUCCAGGUACCGAAGCGUCUCGAUUCGUUUACCCCGCCAUGCAGAAUGUUUACAAGGCUCUCGUGUCCGCCGGUUUGGAAGACCAGAUUAAGGUCUCAACCGCGACAUACUCGGCGCUAUUGGGAGUCACGUAUCCUCCGUCGCAAGGUUCGUUUAGGAAUGACGCGAGAUCUUUUAUCGAUCCAAUCAUAGGAUUCUUGUCCGAAACCAAUUCGCCACUUCUCGUCAACAUAUACCCUUAUUUUAGUUAUAAAGGUGAUCCUCAAAAUAUUCCGCUUUCUUAUGCCUUGUUUACUUCCACGGGGGAUGUGGUAACCGAUGGUCAAGAUCUUCGAUACGAUAAUCUUUUCGACGCCAUGUUGGAUUCAACAUACGCCGCCCUAGAGAAGGCUGGCGGGUCUGAUUUGAAAAUUAUCGUGUCGGAGAGCGGAUGGCCGUCCGAUGGGGGGUUUGGGGCAAGUAUGGAUAACGCGGGGACUUAUUAUAGGAACUUAAUAAGCCAUGUAAACAGUGGAAAUGGAACUCCGAGGAGGCCUGGAAAUGCUAUGCAAGUAUAUCUGUUUGCUAUGUUUGAUGAGAACCAGAAGACUGGAGAAGAAUCUGAAAAACAUUUUGGUCUUUUUACUCCUGCUAAACAAUCAAAGUACAACAUUAAUUCCUUCUAAAAAGAUCGAUCGAUGCAUGCAUGGAUUACUAUAUUUUAUAUUUGGAAUAAUUAUUUCUUUACAACUUGUCAUAAUUAUGUACUACAUUUUGAAGCUUUAUUUAUAUAUAUUAUGGGUCGAUUUAUCAU